AUGAGUCUACUUAUUAUCUUGGGAAAGGUUUAUGAUUUCUAUAUUGCCAUAGGCUCAUAUAGUGGUGGUGGUGGUGGUGAAGUGAGGAAAGUUCAUAUAAUCUAUUUUCUUAGUCGUAAAGGACGUAUUGAGCAUCCGCAUCUCAUCCGCGUGCAUCAUCUUUCACGCAACGGUGUUCGCUUGAGAGAUGUUAAGAGAUGGCUAUCGGAACUAAGAGGGAAAGACAUGCCCGAGGGUUUUGCAUGGUCAUACAAGAGAAGGUACAAGGCUGGAUAUGUAUGGCAAGAUCUCCUAGAUGAAGAUCUCAUCACCCCAAUUUCUGAUAAUGAAUAUGUCCUCAAAGGAUCAGAAAUUUCCUUCAUCACCUUAUCCAAUGAUCUUAGUUCAUAUGGCGAAAAGGAGGUCUCCAAGCCAAAAAACUCACACCCAUUCAAGGUUGAGAUCGUAGAUUCAAGAAUCCCUUUGGCAACAAAAGCGCAAGAGAAUUUGAUCGAUUUAUCGACAAAAACUUCAUUUGAAAUCGAAGAACUGCCUUCGUUUGGCUCUGAGACCUCUACUGACGACACAACCAAGCAUCAAGAGGAUUAUAAGUUUGUUACCGCGACAAAACAUGAGGAAAUGCAAAACCAAAAGAAAAUUGAGAUUAAUUCCUUCUUGGAAACUUUCUUGAACAAAAACAAGAAUGACAGCAAGAGCAAAAAGGGUGACAAUCAGAAAGGAUCGUGUAGUUCCAAAGCUUCUCCAUCAUCAAAUUAUUCGUUUCGAAAAAGCAGUAGCUACUCAGGCUCGGGAGCGUCUCAUACGUUCUUGAAUCUAAUCACGUGUGGCAUUGUAGACACCAACGAGUCCGCUGUGACCGUGAUGAAUCAAAGGAAAAAUGGCAUAAAUACGAUGAAUGCAUCUUCCAAGAAGGAGAAUCAAGAGGGAACAAAUAUUGGGCAAGUUGUUAAAGGAGAAACGUUAGGGGGAUCUGAGAGGAAAGAGGGAUCAAAAACGAGUUAUAACUUGGGCAGCUCUAAUUACAGCAUAAAGACAUUUCCAGCUGCUUAUAAGUUUGGCAAUGGCCCUUAUUGCUCGCAGUGUGGGAGGCAGUUCAAUCCUGAGAAGCUUCACACACACAUGAAGUCUUGUAGAGGAAUGAAGGCAUUGGCCAAGGCUGCAAAAUCCAAGUCCUAA